GUCUCUUUCUGGCCCCAGCCGGGUCUCCCCGCUCUUGUUCCGUGUAUAUCUCCGAUCGGCAACGUCCGCUUGGCGUCAGUUGAGUCGUACCCUUCGCUGGUUGAAGAUCGAUUCUUGCCUUGCCCGUGCCUUAAGCUACCUUUUUUUUGCUCCACACUUGAAAAAAGAUGGAUUUCUACUACCUGCCAGGAUCCGCGCCGUGCCGUGCCGUCCAGAUGACGGCCGCGGCCGUUGGCGUCGAGCUGAACCUUAAGCUGACCAACCUGAUGGCCGGCGAGCACAUGAAGCCGGAAUUCCUCAAGCUGAACCCUCAGCACUGCAUUCCGACCCUGGUGGACGGCAGCUUCCCCGUGUGGGAGUCCCGCGCCAUCAUGAUCUACCUGGUGGAGAAGUACGGCAAGGACGAGUCGCUGUACCCGAAGGACCCCCAGAAGCGGGCCGUCGUGAACCAGCGGCUGUUCUUCGACCAGGGCACGCUGUACCAGCGGUUCGCGGACUACUUCUACCCGCAGAUCUUCGCCAAGCAGCCGGCCAACGCCGACAACGAGAAGAAGAUGCUGGACGGGUUGGACUUUUUGAACACGUUCCUUAGCGGUACGAAGUACGUCGCAGGGGAUCAGUUGACCAUUGCCGAUCUGACCAUUCUGGCGACGGUUUCGACGUACGACGUGGCCAAGGUUGAUCUUGCCAAGUACCCGAACGUGGCCAGCUGGUACGCCAGACUGCGCAAGGAGGCUCCCGGAGCCGCCAUCAACGAAGCAGGCUGCUGUUUGUGGUAUGCUUGCGUCAUUCAUCCGUCAUUCUCGCUGUCAUCGCCUACUCGUCCUUUCCCCCAUACUAACACCUCCCUUGCGCAGAUUAACCCGCAGCACUGCAUUCCGACCCUGGUUGACGAUGGCUUCUCCCUGUGGGAGUCUCGCGCGAUCCAGAUCUACCUGGUGGAAAAGUACGCCAAAGACGAUGCCCUCUACCCAAAGGACCCGCAAAAGCGGGCGGUCGUGAACCAGCGACUGUUUUUCGACCAGGGAACCCUCUAUCAACGGUUUACCGAGUACCACCAUCCGCAGUUGUUCCACAAGCAACCCGCCAAUCCGGAACUGUACCGCAAGAUGAACGAGGGGUUGGAGCUGCUGAACUCCUUUCUAACCUCCCAAUUCGUGGCCGGGGACGUCUUGACCAUUGCCGAUUUGUGUAUUUACGCGACCAUUUCUAGCUACGAUGCCGCAAAGGUAGAUUUGACCCCCUUCCCUAACGUGACCCGCUGGCUGUCAAAACUUCGCAAAGAAGCUCCCGGUGCCACCCUCAACGAAGCAGGCCUUGAAGACUUUAAGGCCUUCCUCGCCAAGUUUGUACAACCUAAUAAACUGAACCCGCAGCACUGCGUGCCGACCCUGGUGGACGGCGACUUCUCCAUCUGGGAGUCUCGCGCCAUCAUGAUCUACCUCGUCGACAAGUACGGCAAAGACGACUCGCUGUACCCGCGUGACCCCCAACGCCGUGCCGUCAUCAACCAGCGACUGUUCUUCGACAUGGGAACGCUGUACCAGCGGUUCGCCGACUAUUACUACCCGCAGAUGUUCGAGGGAGCGGCGGAGAAUCCGGACGCGUACACGAAGAUCGGCGAGGCGUUGGGCUUCUUGGAGUGCUUUCUGGAAGGUCAAACCUUUGUCGCCGAUGGCGACUCUCUCUCGCUAGCUGAUUUAAGCUUGCUGGCAUCCAUGACAACGUUUGAUGUGGCGGGUUAUGACAUUUCAGAGUUUAAAAAUGUUUCAGCUUGGUAUGAGAGUGUCCAGAAGAUUGCUCCGGGAGCGGAUGUCAACAAGAGUUGGGCAGAGGCGGCCCGGUCGCUGUUCGAUAAGCUGAACCCGCAGCACACCAUCCCCACCCUGGUGGACAACGGCUUCUCCCUGUGGGAGUCCCGUGCCAUCCAGAUCUACCUGGUGGAGAAGUACGGCAAGGACGACUCGCUCUACCCGAAGGACCCCCAGAAGCGCGCCCUCGUCAACCAGCGUCUCUUCUUCGACAUGGGUGUGUUCUACCAGCGCUUCGGAGACUACUGGUACCCGCAGAUCUUCGCCAAGCAGCCGGCCAACGCCGACAACGAGAAGAAGAUGCAAGAAGCCGUUGCCUUCCUGAACACCUUCCUCGAGGGACACCAGUACGCGGCCGGCGAUCAGCUGACCAUUGCGGAUCUGAGCUUGGCGGCGUCCGCUGCCACGUACGAGGUGGCCGGAUUUGACUUCUCCAAGUACCCGAACGUGCAGGCCUGGUUGGAGCGGUGCAAGAAGAACGCCCCGGGUUACGAUCUGAACCAGGCUGGCGCUGACGAAUUUAAGGCCAAGUUUCUGGGAGGAAAGUGAGGUGGGUUGAGGGUGCCUUUUAAGGAAGGUUGGAAGCAUUUAGCAGAGCAUGUCACAUCACACAAAAUAAAGGGGUAAGAUCUGUCGACAAA